UGUGGUGGUGAUGACAAUGCUUGCUUCCCGUGCCGCAUCGCAGAACAAUGGCUGCUCCAGCGUGAUGAUGACGCUCUCCCCGUGCCUGGAUUACAUCUCCGGCAAAUCGCCGAUCCCCGAGUUCACCUGCUGCACCACGCUCGCUGGCGUCGUCCAGUCCGACCCCCGGUGCCUCUGCAUGGUCCUGGAUGGCAGCGCGGCGUCCUUCGGCAUCUCCAUCAACCACACGAGGGCGCUGGAGCUCCCUGGUGUCUGCAAGGUCCAGGCACCACCAAUCAGCCAAUGCACAGCCGUCCCAACUCCACCUCCAGCACCAGAUACACCUACAUUAGCUGAUGAGCCAGCAGAGACAAACGAGGAUGAACCAAGUCCACCACCUGCAGGAAGUGCAGGAUCUAACAAAACCUCAAGCGCCACAAACUCAAAGAAAGCAGCGAGUUUAAUGGCCAGUGUGCUCAUCCCUACUUGUGCCUUGUUCUAUGUCUUCUAGUUAUUGCACAAGGUCAUUUUCAUGGCUAUUGUCGCCUGCUUACCUUGCAGCAGCUAGAUCUUAUGUGACCUUGUAUUAGAUCAGUCAUUAGUAUGCCUCUUAUUUCUUCAUUUUAAUAUAUUUUGAAUAGUAUGCCUUCUGAUGAGUAUCAUCAUAUAUGUUGGUUAACCA